GAACUUGGAAGUGACCUGUUCAUAAACAUGCCAGAUGCCUCAGACCCAACCCGACGUUUGCUGAUACAGGUUAAAGUGGCAAAGUCAAACCUCUACGAGGCCAAGGUUGGCAUCAUCAAAUUGUCAAAAAAAUGGGCAACAGGUACCUCAAUGCAGGAUCGGAUGAAGGGUAUGAUGAAUACCAAGCAGAAGCUAUUCCGAACUAAAUGGAAAACAUUCCACGAUCUGGUGACAGAGUAUAACACCUCCCAUCCGGACAACACUCCGUUGCUUAAUUACACUCUUGACGAAGCCAAAGCUCUGGCACUAGAUCAUAGAUGAUGCCUUUUGGAACUUUGGGCAUCUCACACAUCCUAACGAACCUUGGGCUACGGAUGCUGACACCCAGCAGGGUAUUCAGGCUUAUCUAAUGUACUGUCGCUCUGAAGAGGAGCUGCGAAGGAUCUCACGCGAAGUAAGACAAAUGCUGAUAUGGUCUUUAACAACGGAUGCAAAAAUACAAGAUGUUCGGACGCUUUCCAGCUCAAGGUGGGACCCACGGGCAGCAGUUCUGCCAAUUGACUUGGUCUCCGGAAGCAGAUCUGCGCGUAUGACAAAGACAGCGUGGGAUGAUUGUACUAACGUCUUGAUAUCUUUAUACCACGGUGUCUACCUUGAACACGCAAGACUAAUAUCCACAUGGGACUCCCACAUGUUGUCCUUAUUACAUCGCACCCGGGUCUAUUGUGGAGCAA